ACAAAAACUUAUCGCUUCGUAACAAAAAUAGCAUUGAUUGUGUCUAUACACAAAACUUUUGUUGAAUAAAAUUGGAUUUUACUAUGCAGUUAUGGCUCUGUUAGAAAUAAGCAACCAACCGUGUCGGAUUUGUUUCGACACGGUGGAAAAUACGGUCCCCUUGUGUUCCCUGGAGGAAGGGAAAACACUCACAGAAAUGCUGUGGUAUUGCGUCAAGUUGGAGUUCUGCGAAAACGAUGGUCUUCCCUAUCGAUGUUGUAUGGAUUGUAAGGGUGAUCUGGUUGUGGCAUACAAAUUGAUCGCUCGCUGUCGGGAGUCCGACUCAAAGUUUCGUAAUCAGCUGGCGGAGAACAAAUGCACUGUGGGGAAAUUGUUUACGGACAAACAUUUGACGGAAGAUUUUAUUAAGACCGAGUUGGAAUCGGAAAUUGAAUGUGUUUACACUGCUCCAAUUAAAGAGGAAAGUAGUGAUAGUUCUGCGGAUGAAAAUGACCAAGACAAUAAGGACGAUAAUUAUGUGCCAGAUAACGAUGAUGAUGAUGAAGAUGGGGAAGAAGAUGAAAAUGAAGCAGCGGAGGAUAAUAAUGAGGAUGAGCAAACUGAUGAACAAGGCUCCAGCGAUCUUGAUGGUGAUACUCCUGAACGUAAGCGAAGGAAAUACGUGAAACGGAAACUGUCAUCUACUCCGAAAAGGUGCUGUAAAUGCAAAGCUCGCUUCGAAGAUUCGGAUCAAUCGGAAGAACACUCUAAAGUGCACUUCUAUUCGAGGAUAAUUGACCCACAGAAGAUAGCUGCUCGACCACACGAAUGCAGUAUGUGUUUCAAACGAUACACUAAAAGGCGAGCUUUGCAGUUCCAUCAACGUGAUAUGUACAUAGAUAAGCCUUUUAAAUGCGACGAAUGUGAGCAAGAAUUCAUCUCAGAAACUGAACUGAACAGCCACAAACAGUCCCAUGGCAAAGAACUAGACGAAAAGAAAGGUCAACUUCCUAAAUGCUGUGCCUGCUAUGAACAAUUCGACACGGAAGAAUCGCUGCAGAAACAUUGCAUCGAAGUUCAUUUGCCGGAAAGCCAAUCGGCCAACAAUGAUAAAGUCAACGAAUUCGCCUGCCACGUGUGCUAUCGCCGUUACAAAACGAGACGCUCGCUACUAAAUCACAAGCUGAAACCCUACCGCAACAAACAGUAUCAAUGUGCUGAAUGCGGUCGAAUCUUCCGGGACAAAUGCGCCCUUUCCGACCACGAGAGGCGCCAUCAAGGAGAGCAGCCAUUUGUGUGUCCCGUGUGCUCAAAGCCGUUCGCAAUCAAAGAUUCCUUCCGUAAGCACGUAAAAUCGCACUCGAUUGAUGAUGACCAUUUCAAGUGCGAAACUUGUGGUAAGGGAUUCAAGACGAAAGGCAAUCUGAAAGAUCACUACAUCACACACGCCUCGGAUUAUCGCCCGCUGGUGUGCAGUCUUUGCCCGGCGACAUUUGCCAGGAAAUCGUGCCUAAAGUCCCAUAUGCGAAUGCACACCGGGGAAAAACCGUUCAAGUGCCACCUGUGCGACGCCAGCUAUGCAUUUUCAAGCGACCUAAAGAGGCACAUCAUGGCUCAUACGGGCAUUAAGCCGUACAUUUGCAAUGUCUGUGGGAGGGGUUAUCCAAGGCAGGAUUACUUACGGAAACAUUUGGCGUCACACAACAACAGUGUCAGUUAAGAAGAUUGAGCUAAGGUUGACUAAUG